AUCCAGAGUCGAGUCGGCGUAGCACAGUAGCUCCUAAACGGGGUAGCCGAGUGGACCUCACAGCCAGAUUAGCUCUGAAGCCCGUGCAGUGAACACGCGAGAGAGAGAUCGAGUGAGCAAAGUGUGAUUGUGAAAUCUUUAGUGAUGGCCGUACCAUUCAACGUGCCUGAGGAGGAAGCAGAAGAACGCAGGGUCAUUCGGAUACCCAUCUGCGAGUUUAUACGUCAAUUUAUACAACCAGAAAUUUCCAAUUUACAACCCGAGAACCCGAGGCCUGAAGGGCCGGUAAUCCUCGUCCUCCCCGAAGCGGUCUUGAGGGCACGAAAAGCCCCCGCAGCACCCAGGAGGCGACGAAGGAGACAGGAGAAACACCCCCAGGAAAUGCCUCAGCAGCACACGCUCAGUCUCGGCAUAGAGCUGAGGCAUGUCGAGGAGCACACCUAUCAGUCCGUCGGACAGACGAAGAAAAGGCGCAGGGAAUCGAAGACGUCCAGCUUCUUCUCCCUUCUCCUACCGACGCCGCUCCCUGGUUCUAUAUGGACCACUGUCAUCAUUCUCGUCGGAUGGAGGAUACUCACAAGGCAAAGAAAGAGAAAGUUGAGCUGCAGGAUGGAACACGGCCACGAUUGAAUUUUAUUCAGCCUUAUACUAGUCGAAUUCGGAUUUUUCUUGGAUAUUUCUUACCUUGCGGUUACGGUGUUUUGUUUUUGUUACCUUUGCAUAUAAGCAUGCGGAUAAAAGAGGGAUAUUUGCCAUCACGAUGACAGGAUCUGCCCUCUGAUCAUAUCGAUUAUGUUAAAUUUGUACGUUUUUUUAAUGGAAAUAUAUUGUUUUAUCAAA